GGCUUGUGUUGUUGUAAGAAACUAAAUCAUCCGGACGGUGGCAGCACCGCUUGCCAACGCUUCGAGUUCCUCGCAAAGAAGAAGACAGAUGCCUCAAUUUGUGACUAAUAAACACGCCUUCCUUGUUCGAUAAAUCUUCUAAUAAACCCCGCAUGCCUCCGUCGAAACUUCAACAGCUCCGUGUUGUCUGACCGCAGUUGACAAGAUGAAUCAAGAAAAAUUGGUCAAACUUCAGGCCCAAGUGCGGAUAGGGGGAAAGGGUUCAGCACGCAGAAAGAAGAAGGUUAUACACAGAACGGCCACAGCCGACGACAAAAAGCUCCAGAGUUCCUUAAAGAAGUUGGCCGUCAACAACAUUGCAGGCAUUGAGGAGGUCAACAUGAUCAAGGACGACGGGACGGUGAUCCACUUCAACAACCCCAAGGUGCAGGCCUCUCUGUCGGCCAACACGUUUGCCGUCACGGGCCACGCCGAGACCAAGCAGCUGACCGAGAUGCUGCCUGGCAUCCUCAGCCAGCUGGGAGCCGACAGCCUGAGCAGCCUGCGCAAGAUAGCCGCGCAGUUCCCGCGCCAAGCACUUGACAGCAAAGCUCCUAAGGUAGAAAACAUCGAGGAAGAGGAUGAUGAUGUUCCAGAUUUGGUGGAGAACUUUGACGAAGCGUCCAAGAAUGAAGCCAACUAACGACUACGAUGAAACCGGAAACUCUGCAAUACUUCCCCUUUUGCUAUUCGGACAUAUCAAAAUGGAGACACACAAACACGCACCCACACAACAGAGACUUUUCUUUCCACAGAUGUCAGAGCUGGCUAACCGCCUCCUUUUAAAACAAAGUACGAGCUUCGGUUGUCACCACAUUGUUGGUCUUUUUUUUUUUUUUUUUUAAAUGUCUUUUUUUGUGUGUGUUUGUUUUAUGAAGUCAAAUAAAGAGGAUUAACAUUUUUA